CCGUAUAUGCAUAUAGUAUCUGUACUUGGCCAAUUUCAACUACAAUUUUACAAUGCGCGAUAUUUUUAUGGACUCUUUAUUUUGGUUAUCAAUUGAUGAAUGUGGAAAUGGAUUUUUUUUACGAUUUGAAAUCUAACGAAAGGGGUAGAGAUGGGAAAGAAAUAUGAGAGAAAGAGAGAGAGAGAGAGGCGAAUACUGCUGCGCAACUGUUUUUCGUUGCCUACAGCUGGCCUACAGGCCCACAGUGAUUAGUUGGACUACAAUCGGAGACAAAGUGAAAAUUUAUGAUAUUGUUAUGAACUGGAUUCAUUUGGUUAUUACUAUCAUUAACGCACAAGACUUACGCAUCAAUCAUCAAAUCAAUACAAGCUAGAAUUCACAAGAAUGGAAGGCGAAGAAAACGAAAUUGUGCAAAUUGCAGAUAUAGAUUCAAGUAGUGAAGAAAAUUAUGACGGCGAUUCCGACGACGAAGAUCUGCGAGAAUAUUACUUGACUGCAGUUCGACAUCACAGCAAACUUUCCAAGAAAGAAUUGAAAAGAUUAUUGAAGAGCAGCCAACCCGAGGAUCAAAAAGCAUUGAAUAAGAUUAUCACGAAUAUACUAUUACGUGACAACAGCGAAGCUUUGUAUUAUUUACUCAAAAAAGGCCACAAACUAGAUACUUUUGACGAAAGGGGAGAAACGAUUUAUCAUAGCGCAUAUUAUCAAAACUCUCUAUCAAUUUUGUCCCUGCUGUUAGAAUGGCAAUGCGACGAAUUAACGGAUGACGACUACGUCGACGGCAAUGGGUUGUCCUGCCUUCACAUCGCUUCUUUCGGCGGCACUGAAAAUUCUGUCAACAAAUAUUUAAAAUUUAGCGACAACGUUAACGCUCACUACAGAUGCAACUUCGACGAUUACAGAUAUAGAAACGAAAUUAAUCGGGAUGGUUUUACGCCACUGCAUUUCGCGGCCAUAAACUACAAAACACGCAGAAUUCUGAGGUUACUGUUGGACAACGGAGCUGACGUCAGCGCUAUGGAUUCCUCAAAUAGAACGGCUUUGCACAUAGCUUGUCGUUCUUACGAAUCACCGGAGUACGUGAAUCAUGAUUCUAUCGAUACUUACAGCAGCAUCAGUGUCAUGAAAGUUCUCGUGGAGUACAAAAGUGACGUCAAUGCAAGAGACAAUGAAGACAAUACACCGCUGUUAAGUAUCUUUCCCGAUGAUUUUGGCGUCUUCGAAACCACGAGAGGACUUGGUUUCAUCGAAUCCAUUCCCUUGCUCGAGAUCAAGGAAAAGCUUAAGUUUCUAUUGCAGCAAGGAGUCGACGUGACUGCCAGAAACAAGAAUGGCGACAACAUUCUACAUCUGAUCGUGAAAAAUUUAGACCAUUGGCGAUGCUCACCGACGUAUUCGGAGCUUUCGUUCGACUUCGAUAACGAUCAUCGUGACAUGGUCAAACAGGUUCUAGAAGUUGAUCAGAGACUUGACGUAAACGUGAGAAAUAACAAAGGCGACAGUCCAAUACGGUUAGCAGUGUCGUCCAUCAGUAGUCAGAUCGUCAAAGUUCUUUUAGAAUACGGUGCCGAUCUGAGCGACAUCCGAUUCGAUUAUCAAUAUGUGAGCUGCUUCAACUACCCGAGGAUUUUACCGGAUUUGGAUGCAGUGCAAAACGUGAUCACCGUGGUCAAGUUACUCGCGAAUAACGAUUGGGAAUUGACAUUGGAAGGCAAUCUCGCAGUAAUGAAAUUUUUGGUACACGACGUUGACGCUUGUCAAUGUCGUAGCCUGUUGGAUGUACUGCAUUUAGGUUCUCUCAAGCACAUCAAUCUCAUUUUGAACAAGAAAAUCGAUGCUUUGACCGACAACUCCGGAACUGAUAAGCAUCAGAUUAUCGUCGAUAUAAACCAAUUUUUUUUAAAGAAAAUGAUAAUUGGCCCGGACAAAGACAUAGACGUUUUGUACAGCCUUAUCAUCGCGUAUCACAAGCUCGCGGUUACAGUGACAGUCGAAGGAGUCGAAUCGCUGCAAUCAAUCAUAUUCGAAAAAGUAAAAAUGCAGCUUACCAAAUUACAGGGUAAUUUUACUGUUCACAGCGUGCUGAUUGAACACCCAGAUAACAUUUAUUUUCUCGUUAGAAACCAUAAUUUUCAGAGUAUUGCAAAGAAUUUUCCGAUUUACGAGAACUUCAUCAAGGGACACGUUGCUAAAGGUUUCAUCAGACAUUACAUCGAGAAUUCAGCUUACGCUUAUCUGGAAAGGCUGUCUUUUGCUUUCAUUCCGUAUACUUGUUGCAAGCGUAUUUUGUAUUAUUCGACAAACGAAGACAUUUUGAAUCUGUGUUUAGCAGCUGUUCUCAGUGAUGUUUAAAUGUUUAAAAAAUUGGAACUUACGAACAUGAAGUAUUUGCUGUUCUAUGAUGUUCAACAUUCUCGAUGUUUAUUUUUACUUUUAUUUUAGGUUUAAAAUACAUUGUUGCCGUUGAGUUGUCUUGUUUAACAAUAAAUAAAAAUCGUUUAUUUCCAAUCCACCAUCGGUGGUCUACAUUCCAUAUUAAAGAACGAAUUCACGUUGUUUUUGGAAAACUUGAUUAAAUUUGUAUCUAUUGUCUAUACAAUACACUAGUGCCUUUAUUAAAAUACUACAAAUUC